AUGACGGCGCCGGGACUGGCCGGACUUCCUCGACGAAGAGGGGGUAAGCCAAUUAUUGCCGCCGUCAACGGAUUUUGCCUCGGAGGCGGGUUUGAGAUGGUGGUCAAUUGCGAUCUCGUCGUGGCAAGUGAGCGGGCGAGCUUCGGUCUGCCUGAAGUGCAGCGCGGAAUUGCCGCCGUCGCGGGCUCGUUGCCUCGGUUGGUUCGAGCGGUUGGAAAGCAGCACGCCGCGGAGAUGGCUUUGAGUGGACUCACUUUCUCUGCCUCUCAACUGGAACGCUGGGGCUUGGUGAGUCGCGUGGUGGCAAACGCUCAGCUGCUGGAGACGGCGGUGGAGAUGGCAAGUUCCAUCGCCAACAACAGCCCGGACAGCAUCCGAGUCACAAUGGAAGGGCUUCACUACGGAUGGGAGAUCGCCAGCGUCGAGGAAGCCAGUACCAAGCUGGUAGAUCGGUGGUAUCCCAAGCUCAUUGCCGGAGAAAACUUUCACGAGGGUGUCCGGGCAUUUGUGGAGAAAAGGAAGCCACAGUGGAGGCCAUGUAAAUUGUGA